UCUUUGAAACGGAUGUCAGUGGUUGGAAAGCAUUAGCACCAGUAUGAAAGCACGAAGGAGGGAGAGGGGAUUAAAGAAAAAUGGCCGUCAAGCGAAAAUCGAGAAAUACGAAAAACGAACGAGAGUGUAACGAUCAAAUGUGAAUACGAGUCGGCGGUUUUUUUUACGAAUUAAUCACGGGAUAACGAACGAAAUGCAAAACGAUAUGAGAAUGUAUACGUUAAAGCCGAUUGUUUCCUUGCCGCAAAUGUUGCAUCACAGGAAAACGAUGUACGAAAUGCGAAAUAUUCAUGAAGAACAAUCAACAGACGACCAUAUGGAAGCCGAGAACAAGAUCGUGCCUGAUAUCACUGAGCAGGUUAUCAGCUUUUUAAAGAGUCCACUACCAGAAUAUAAUGCAUUAGAAGCACGGCAAGAAAAGAUACUGGCACAACUUGCAGAACUUAAAAAGCAAGUUUCAACACUUUCUGGGUUUUUAAAACAAACGAAACAAACUACAGUAGUUGAUAAAAGUUCUACAGUUAAUAAGAGCCAGGAGCCAAUUAAUGUGAAUCUUAUCAUUAAUGUGAGUCCUAAAAGACAACCUUAUUUUAUAUCAGCAUUGCAAAAGUUGUGGAAAGAUACUGAUAUUAAAGUACAAACUUAUGUUCAUUCAAGUAUUAAUAAAGAAGUGUCUGUUAAUUAUGAAUCAACUACAAGUUCUUCCAAAAAUAAUAUUAUUAAUUUAUCAUUGAUCUGGAAAAAUGUUAAUGAUCUGGAACUUAUAUCUGGUCUAUAUAGUUACUACAUAACUGGCGAAACAAAUUUUUUAAGAUAUUUAAGUAGAUUAAUAAAUUCGCAUAAUUAUGAAAAUUCUGAUUGUACAGAAAAGAUAAACACUACUGACUUGAUAUUAGAUUUGUGUCAUUCUUUAUAUUUUGAAGAAUCAGCAAAGAAAAAGCAAGAAAUAUUAUCUUUAAUAGCAGAUAAAUUAAACUGGCCAGAUAAAAAGGACUUUGAUAUAGCAGAUGUUGCUGUAUGGUGUACAAUUAAACAAUUUUUUCCCAAAAAAUAUCCGCCAAAACUUAACAAAUGGUAUGAAGCUUGUGAAAAACAUUUUGUAUAAAUAAAAAUCUCUUAUUAAAACAUA